UUCUUGAUGCCAAGGAAAAGCUGUGUCAUAUAAAAAAAAAAAAAAGGAAAAUAUAUAUAAGCGUCAGGUGGUUUAGUUAGCUAUAAAGUAAAAAAAAAAUUUUAAUAAAUAGUAGUGGUAUUUGUGCGCACGCAUUUGAAUUGAUAAGAUAAUCAAUAUAAGCACGCUGUUAUGGAAAAAAAAAAAUAAUAUCAAGUAGAGACUGUUUCAUCUUUGUGAUGUGUUCACAUACAGAUGAUACAGUAGUUCAGUUAAAAUAAUAAAAUAUAAAUUCAUAUAAUUUUUGCUAAAAAAAUUCGCUAUAAUUAUCUUAUUUUUGUUAUAAAAAUUAUUGUAAAUGCAAAUAAUAAAUGCAAAUUACAAUAAAGUUUAAAAAAAGCUUCAUUAAUAAUAACAAAAUUUAAUAAUGGAAUAUUGUAUUUCAUUAUUUAUAUUUUUUUUAACUUUUUUAAAUUUUAAUUCUGAUCAUUCAAAUGAAGUACGUGCAACUUCUGAAGUUUUUACAAAUUCAUUUCUCGUUAAAUUAAAACAAUCUGUUGAUAAAACUUUAGCAGAUGAAGUUGCCAAAAGAAAUGGUUUCAUUAAUCUUGGAUCGAUUUUAGGAAAUCAAAAAGAAUACCAGUUUUUGCAAAAAGCACUUCCUCAUGCUCGAAGUAAACGAUCUGUUCCACACACUAGGCGACUUAAAAUUGAUCCACUGAUUCAUACAGCUGUGCAGCAGACUGGAUUUAGAAGAGUUAAACGUGGCAAUCGAUUAUUAAAUACAGAAAAUUUAUUGACGUUAAAUAAUAAAUUUAUGAAGGUACAAGUUGGCCCGGAGCCAAGUGAUCCAUAUUUUCAGUAUCAAUGGUACCUCAAAAAUACUGGACAAAAUGGAGGAAAACCAAGACUUGAUUUAAAUGUUGAAGCAGCUUGGGCACAGGGUAUUACUGGAAAAAAUGUCACCACUGCAAUUAUGGAUGAUGGAGUUGAUUAUAUGCAUCCAGAUUUAAAGUUUAAUUAUAAUGCACGAGCUUCUUACGAUUUCAGCAGCAAUGAUCCAUAUCCUUAUCCAAGAUACACAGACGACUGGUUCAAUAGUCAUGGAACAAGAUGUGCAGGAGAAGUUGCAGCAGCACGAGACAAUGGAGUAUGUGGUGUUGGUGUUGCAUAUGAUUCAAAAAUAGCUGGAAUUAGAAUGCUUGAUCAGCCUUAUAUGACUGAUUUAAUUGAAGCAAAUAGUAUGGGUCAUGAACCUGAUCUUAUUGACAUAUACAGUGCAUCAUGGGGUCCAACAGAUGAUGGUAAAACUGUUGAUGGACCAAGAAAUGCAACAAUGCGUGCAAUUGUUCGUGGUGUUAAUGAAGGAAGAAGAGGUCUUGGAAAUAUUUAUGUAUGGGCAUCUGGUGAUGGAGGAGAAGAGGAUGAUUGUAAUUGUGAUGGAUACGCAGCAAGUAUGUGGACAGUAAGCAUCAACAGUGCCAUAAAUGAUGGACAAAAUGCUCAUUACGAUGAAAGUUGUUCAAGUACACUUGCAUCAACUUUUAGUAAUGGUGCCAAGGAUCCAAACACUGGAGUGGCAACAACUGAUUUAUAUGGAAAAUGUACAACAACUCAUAGUGGAACAUCAGCAGCUGCUCCAGAAGCUGCUGGUGUAUUUGCACUGGCACUUGAAGCAAAUCCACAACUUACCUGGAGAGAUAUACAACAUUUGACAGUGUUGUCAUCAAAACGUAACUCAUUGUUUGAUGCUAAAGGAAGAUUUCAUUGGACUAUGAAUGGUGUAGGUCUGGAAUUUAAUCAUUUAUUUGGUUAUGGAGUUCUUGAUGCUGGUGGAAUUGUAGCACUUGCUAAAAAAUGGGAAACUGUUCCACCAAGAUAUCAUUGUGAAGCUGGAUCUAUUGGUGUAACUCAAGAAAUUCCAAGUGAUCGUUCAAUUCUUUUGAAAAUAAAAACUGAUGCUUGUUCUGGGACUGAAUAUUCUGUAAAUUAUCUUGAGCAUGUACAAGCAGUUAUAACAGUAAAUGCAUCACGUCGUGGUGACUUGGAAUUGUUUCUCACCUCACCAAUGGGAACUAGAUCCAUGAUUUUGAGUCGAAGAAUUCAUGAUGAUGACAAUCGUGAUGGUUUUACCAAGUGGCCAUUUAUGACAACUCAUACUUGGGCUGAGUAUCCACAAGGAACUUGGCUACUUGAGAUUAGCUUUAAUUCUCAAAAACCACAGCAUGGUUGGUUCAAAGAAUGGACUCUCAUGUUGCAUGGAACACGUGAACCACCUUAUGAAAAAUUAUCUACAACUGAUCCACAUUCAAAAUUGGCAAUUGUUAAAAAGGCACAUGAAGAACACUCAAGUUUAACAAAUUAGUUAAUUAUUUCUUUUAAUUUCAUUAUUUUAUAUUUAAUCCAUAUUUGAUCAUCAAAUAGAAACAAUUACAAUAAUUUCAUUUUAAUUUAAAUUUCAACUGAUGAUAAAUUCUCUCGAAGAAAUGCUUUUAUCAAAAAUUCAAUUUACAAAAAAAAAAUAUUAAAUGAGCAUUCUUAUGAUGACAUUUACAUUUUUUUUUUAUUCUUCAUGUCGUGAUCUUUUUUUUUUUUUUACCAUAACAAAUAAAAAAAACUACCAAAUAUAAUUUUAUAAUAAAAUUUAAACAGAUUUAAAUUUUAGAAAACUGUAUAUGAAAUAUUUUAAAUUCGUGAGCUUUUAAUCAUGUAUGCUAUCUGUGCGUGCGCUCAUUCAGAUAGUAAUUAUUGAUUAAUUGAUAAUUAAUAAUUACUAUCAUGAUCAUUACCUGACAGUGUGUUUUGUUGAUCAAAAAUAUAUCGUGUUUGUUUUUUGAAUAAUAUAAAGUAUAUAUAAAUAAUAAAAAUAUCAUGGACGAGAUUGAAAAAUGUUUUUUUUUUUGUUUAUUUUUUGUCUGUAAAAUGUUUUCUUAUUUUAUCCAUGAAUAAAAUAAAUUAUAAAUAUAUGAAUGUAAUUAUUUUGAAUAAUAUUAUAACUGUUCCAAAUAUAAAAAUUCAAUUUUUGAAGAAUUAUGAUUAUUUUUCAUUUCAAUCUACGUAAUACAACUGUUAAUCAAUAAAAAAUCAUUUUUAUUUUCCAGAUAUAUAAAGCAGCUUAAAAACUGAUAAAAAAAAAAAAUUUCAUUUGUUGAUUUAUUUGAUCUUGUCCUUGUAAAUAUAAACCCACAAGUUUUUUUUUUCCAUAAAAAAAACAAUAGAAAUAAUUUCGAUUGGUAUAUUUCGAUUGGUGAAUUUAUUUAUUCAAUUUAUUUUAAAAAAAUUUAAUAAUACGAUGGUGCUUUU